GGCAGAGGCUGGAGUCAGUGCGCCCGUGAAAGCAAGAGAGAGGGAGGCUGCGAUCCAGCCAGCGAGAGCACUACCCACGGCCCAGGUUUUCCCGCCUAGCUGAGCAAGCGACACACAGAGAAACAUGCCUGAGCAAAGCAAUGAUUACAGGGUAGUUGUGUUUGGAGCUGGAGGAGUGGGAAAAAGUUCUUUGGUGUUGAGAUUUGUGAAGGGCACUUUCAGAGAGAGCUACAUCCCUACCAUUGAAGACACCUAUCGGCAGGUGAUCAGCUGUGAUAAAAGCAUAUGCACUUUGCAGAUAACUGACACUACAGGAAGCCAUCAAUUCCCAGCCAUGCAACGCCUCUCCAUUUCUAAAGGACAUGCUUUUAUAUUGGUUUACUCCAUCACCAGCCGACAGUCCUUGGAGGAGCUCAAGCCAAUCUACGAACAAAUAUGUCAGAUUAAAGGAGACAUAGAAAACAUUCCAAUAAUGCUGGUGGGGAACAAAAAUGAUGAGAACCAAAAUCGAGAGGUAGAAAACAGUGAAGGAGAAGCCAUGGCUAAGAAGUGGAAAUGUGCCUUCAUGGAGACCUCUGCCAAGACAAACCACAAUGUGAAAGAGUUAUUCCAAGAAUUGCUAAACCUGGAGAAACGCAGGACUGUGAGUUUGCAAAUUGAUGGGAAAAAAAGCAAGCAACAAAAAAGGAAGGAGAAGCUGAAAGGAAAAUGUGUGGUGAUGUGAAAUUGCACUGUCAGAAAUCAGCUGUGAAGUCUCAUCUGACAAUAUGCAUGUAAAACCCAUAGACAGCAAACAACCAUGCAAGAUCCUAAUUACUUGUAUCUGUUUUAAAAGAAAUACUUGGAAUUUGAAAAAAUGAGGUACUGUGAUUGCCAUGAAAAAGCCCUGAAAAAUAAAAAUGUGUGUUCUCUCACAACCAAUAAAAAAGGAAAUCAGGAAGAAAACAAAAGAUGUCCCAGAAUACCCUAUUUUGUAAUUAACAAAAAAGAAGAAUUUUCAUCAUCCAUAAUGAUUUCAUAAUAUGAAAGAUUUGGAAAAUCAACUUAAUAUUAUCUGCAUUUGCAUAUAACUGCAAGAGAAAGCAAUGUAUAAUAUCAGAAGUAAAACAAAGAAAUGAUUGUGAAGAAACCUAGAACAUACAAAUGCAUGCUGAAUGGUGUUCAUAAUUUUCUUCAAGAACGCUGUGGAUGAACAAUUCUAUCCCAUUCUCAUUACUGACUGGGAGAGUAUGCAUUAUUCAGUUUUGGAUCACCUGAAUAAAUGAACUAUUGCACAGUAAAAGGAAGUAUGGGGAUAGCAGUGAAAAGGAACAGAUAUUACCUCUAUCCUCCCCAGUGUGAUACUUCUUUGUGGUUGAUGCAGUUUUUCAUGCAAACACUGCAUUAAAACUGAAGAUUGUGGAAAAGCCAAUCCCUGUAAAAGAGUUGGAGAUCAUCUUUUCUAGGCUCAUUGCUUCAAGAGUGACCUGAGUUUCUGGCCCAAAUAUAUUUCAGAAGAAGAGACAUUUGUUUGUGGAGAAUGCCAGAUGGAACAGUGUACAUGUAAAACCAGAAAGCUUCCCCAGGGAGAACUGACUGGGUAGUCCCCUGUGAAAGCCUCUGUGGGAGAAACUCAGUUAUAAUGCUGCUGCUGGUUAAAUGAACACAUGGCGUGGUUAGUGGAAGAAUGGAAUGUCUUUUGGACUGGUGGUACCCUUGGAGAGGGGUUGGCAUAAUAUACAAAUUAUCAGAUUAGCUGUGUGAUGCUUUAUAUUACUAUAUUCCAGUUAGAAGGGUUUAUGUUCAUGCCCUAUGAGAUCUAUUGCCUUUAUAUUGUCUGAAGUAUUUUAUAUUUUCCAUUUCAAUUCAUGAUUUGAACUGCUGUGGUUAUUUAUAGAACCAAAUAUAUAUCUGAAGUUAGUGCCCACAAGAGUGGCACUCCAAAAAAGGAGGGUUUUUUGGGAUAAACAGUACAGGCUCUGGCAUACUAAGAGUUGCAAUCAGGACUGUGUUAUAAUGCAAUACAAAGUCCAGAAUAGAAAAUACAUUAUUUAAAACAUCCUGUUAGGGGAAACUGCUCUUCUCAAAACCUUUGAAAGGGGAAAAAGAGUAAAAAUUGCAAGGUUUCCUGGAUGUCUCUCCAAAGCUUCUAUAAAAACGAAUAUGAAUGACUGAAGUAUGUAUCCUAGUGAUGACAAAGGCCAUCUAAGAUAAAAUAAGCACAUACAAUUUUUAAAGGACACAUUAAAAUUGCGUAAGUCACAAUUUGUACCUUAGGAACAGUUUUGAACUAAUAAAAAGAGCCUACCAUAUUUUUGGUAAAUGUUUAUGUCAAGAAACAUGGGAAAAUGAAGUUGAGUACUAAUAUUAUUAGCCUGCAUGCUAGUGCAUUAUAAGUAUCUUCCAGAGGAUGCUCAAAUGCAGUGUUUGCAUUCCAAAUUGCUACCUUGUUCCUUUCAGAGUUAUUACUUGCUUACCUUCCACCUUUCUAACAAAUUUCAGAGGUAGAGUAAUAGUAUACACAAGAAUUGCUACUAGCGCUGUCUAGAAAGGAGCACAACUUCUGUCAUUCAGUCAGAAAAAAUUCUGGCACCAGUAGAAUCAAGUGUGAAACUCCUACUUAUUUCAAAGAGACAAUUUUUUUGGUGUUUAUUUUCUUGCAUUAAGAAGAGACAACUGGGAAGAGCAGGGAAAAAGCUAAUGCUCUUCACUAACUGUAAAUUCCAGGCUCUUACACAACACUCUUUUUUCAUAAAUCUCAAAGCACUUUGCAAAAAUUAUAUAAAUUUCUUAACUUCUCAGGUGGUGAAAGUUAGGCACAGAGAGAGGAAAAAACUGCACAUAGAUUGUCCAGCAGGAUAGUGACAGACCCAGGAACAAAACCAGGUCUCUUUUGUCACGGUCCAGCUCUCAUUCUGUGUUUUGUAAGACUGUCUCUUCACAUUCUUAAAUAGUUCCUGAAACACACAAAGAAGCCUGGUUUUACCUAUACAACUAAGUGCAUCUUUCUUGACAGUCUGUCAAUAGAUCAAAAGGUAUUUCCAGAUCAGGGAUGCAAAACACUUAAAAGCACUAUGUUUAGUAAGAUUUUUAUAAAUGUUUCUACAUAUACUGUUUGUAAAAGAAUUUGCUGAAGAUACUCAGCAUCACAGCAAUGGAUUUCGUGGAUGAAUUUAGAAUGAAGUCAGAAACAACGACCAACCUUAAGGCAUAAUGGGUCACAUACAGAGGUCAGAAGUAGAGAGGUUGCCCUCAGAUGCUAACACACCGGUGCCAAAGGUCAUCAUGUGUGGCACAUGCCUUAGCAGCCAGCAUAGAAUUAUGACAGAAUCUCAAAGAGAAAACUCAAAGCUAUAUAUAGAACCUUUUACAUUAUUGCUUGAACUGGAGGAAUUAUUUACAUAGUAAAAUAUCUUGCAGAAGUACAAUAUAGGGGAUCUGAAUUACUUAAAAUGUACUGACUGCAAAGAUAUUACAGGCUGAAAUUUAACCCUGGACUUUUUCUUUUUGAAUGUGCCUCAUAGCAAGAGUAGAAUAAUUGUAUAGCAAAAAUGGAAAUAAAACAAGUAGAUGCCAAUGUUAGGCUUGAGGACCAUAUUCCUUUAGUUCCCAGCUGACUCCUCAUCUUCUAUGUAAUAAGCCAUGAAGUAUUUCAUGGACUUGCAUGUAUCAAAGCAAGGCCAGAACAGAAGCAAUAUUACUCAAGGACCAGACUCAAAAGAGAGCGUAUUUUAUACCCUUGCAUUGCCAUCCUGAUUUCUACUAUUAGAUUUUACAUACCUUGCAUAUACGUGAGCUGGUUUAAAAUGUUUGUUUUGCUAUUACAUAUAGAAUUAUUUUUUUUAUAUGGAAAAAAUAUAAGGUAGAUCAAAAAUAUAUAAAGCUUUAUUACAUUUUGUGUUUUAUUUGGGAAUGUGUUAUCACUAUAAUAACCAGUUUAAAAUGUAUAUACAAAAUAUUUAAAACAUGUAAGUUCUACAGUGAAUUUUAGCAUCCAGAAAACACAAUCUAGCCAAAAUGAAUCUUUAAAAUGCAUGACUUUUAUAUGUAGAUAUGAAAUAUUAAGGUAUAUGGUUGUCAUGAAAAUGUGUUGUUGUGAUUUAUUUAGCAAAUAUCUUGUUUUAAA